AUGUUAUCUUCGAAACCGGAGUUUGACCUCGACACCGGCACGAUUAACAUCUCUCAACAUUUGAAGAUUCCAGUUUCUCGAAGCUCAUCCCACGCUACUGAGAUCAUGUCCUUGACCAACGUGUAUCACCUUCGCCGAGUCGCAGAUACGGCUGCCAAAUCAUGCCUAAUCUGCUACAAGCCAUCCACCAGUGUGUUGAUCACACCCGAAAAUAAGGAUUUCUUCUAUGUGUGCCCCGCACAUCUGCAAGACCGCCACUUCUGCACACCCAUAAUUGACACGGAGGGCGAGGCAAAGCGGCAAAAGGAAGAAGCAAUGGCGAAAGAAAUCGAAAAUGUCAAAAAAGAAUAUGAAGAAAAACAACGACGAAAGAAAGAAAAAGCCAAAGAUGAGAACGAUAAGGAGAAGGAUGACUCGAAGGAAAAAGACAAAGAUACUUCGAACUCCAAAUCUGAUGAGAAGGAAAGAGAUGACAAGGACUUUUUAUCAAAUGCGGAUUGA